UCUGUAUCAAAGACUAAACAGUUAACAUGGAAACGCUCAGCUAGCUUCUCCUGCAACGGCUUUGUUUUGGUCCAAGAACAUCACAUUUUACCCAAUAUUUCCACAAGAUAAAUAAGAUGGCAGGGGAGGAGGACAAUGGUCAGAAUGGAUUCAUCAUCGAUUCUGCCAGACUCUCUACGGAUGGCACAACAGAGGAGGAUGACGAAGAGGAAGGCAACCAAGGGGUCGCUAAGAGUUUCAGUUCUCACAGCAAAGAAGUGGAGAUGAUCCUCAAGUCGGCCAAGGCGGUUCAGGCCAUCGCGGUGGAUCUCAGUAAGAAGGGACUGGUCAAGAUUCCAGAGGAGCUCUACGGCAUGGACCAUGUUGAGUUCUUGUACUUGGAGGGGAACCUUUUGCAGAAAAUUCCUUCAGAACUGUUUGAGGAUGUCACGAAUGUCAAAUGGCUUGAUCUCAGGAAUAACAACAUACAUCACCUUCCAGCAGAAAUAGGUUAUCAUCGGUGUUUAAAGACUCUUUUACUGGAAGGGAAUCAAAUAUCAGAGCUUCCUCCAGAAAUGGGUCAACUGCGGACUCUGACUGGUCUAAAUCUUCGAGGUAACCCCAUCGAGUUCCCACCGCUGAAGGUCAUAGAGAAAGGAGUGAAGGAGAUACUGCGUUACCUGAGGGAGGCAAUGGCUAUCAGGAGUCGAAGACUCCAGUCAGCUGAACUCCGAAUCGAGGACCUGAACCUCAGCGACGCUGCUUCCCACUCCUCUGGGAGUGAAAACGAAUACAACCCCAAGACCCGACUCGACCCCACUGACCGCCUCAACCACAUCCAGUCGUCCAGUAGGCUGUCCGUCCGGUCAAGCAUGAGUAACAUGUCGGACCUCGAGUUUCCCAGGCCCAAGUCUGUCUCGCUGCACAAGCACAUGGCGUACGAGGAGUACAGGCAGCUGCAGCAUCAGAAGUUCAAGAGAGCGGGGGCACUUGGUGUCCUCGGGAAAGAUAACAUGAGACAGGUUUCAUCUGGAAGAAGAAGGAAGAGAAAGCAGAAGAUGAAGAAGAAUCGUUCUCCUCCCAUCGAUCCCGUCCAAACCAAGAUGGCCGAGGAGAGACGGCUGGCUAAGUUGGCUCAGCUCAAACAGAAACAACUUGUGAUGGAACAAAAGAGAAAGGACACGCAGCUCUUGGAGGAUUGGAGGCAGGAGACGAGGGACAUGCAGAGGAAGCAUUACAUCAGGGCAGUCAAGAACGCUCAGCAAGGUUUUGUUGUUGAUCCUGACCUAAAGAUGCCAUACGACACACACCCAAAUUUCAUGAAGAUGAUGAACAGAGAAGAUAUGAUUAAGGUGGAAGUGAAGAACAAGCAUGAAGCGAUGAAGAAUAUGAUAACACCUGAAGAGCAGAGAAGAUUGGAUGUUACCAAAAUGGAGAGAGACAGGCAGCUGAUUAGUAAGAUUAAAGAACACACCCAGAAAGUACAAGAGAGGAAAUCAAGACCAAGGGGAAACCCCCAGAUGGAAAAAGACAUGGCUCAGAAAGAUUUAGUAGAGGGCCAAAGGCUUCAGCAGGCUCUACACCAUCGUAAAGACGACCUGGAAUAUCGCUUCAAGGCUUUCACGGGAGACAACGUCCCGUCGAUGUCAGUGACGAGCACUUCAGGCUACAGGCCCCAGGCAAAAUAAACCAUGAAU